CCCCACCCCAAAAUCCCCGGCCCCCUGCCCUAUACCUGCCCAGCCCCUAACGCCCCCCUUGCUCACAGCGGGUCUGGGGGGUUGGGUACCCCCGGGGUGCCUCCCUCGCCAUGCGGGGCGGUGUUGGGGGUGCCCCCGGGGUUUUGGGGUGCCCGGCUGCUGAGGCUGCGGUGCCCGCGGCCCCCAGGAGCUGCCCGGCCCCGGGUGCCGGCAGGAUGGCGCUGCUCCCCGUCGUGGCGCUCCUGGCUCUGUGCCCCCUCCUCGCCCGGGCAGAGCAGCCCGUCACCGUCACGGUGACCGCGGCCAUCGGCGAGGACGCCUGCCUGCCCUGCGGCUCGCAGCCCUGGGGCGACCUGCGCGGCGUCACCCUCAGCUGCAGCCAGCAGGCCGGCGGCCACCACGCUGUCCCCGUGCUCAGCCACCGCCUGGGCUGGCAGCCGCCCGGGCCGGGCUGGCAGCCGCCCGUGCAGCCCGACAGCCGCUUCAGGGGCAGGGUGGCCUUCUGCGCCGCGGGGACAGGGGACAGCGGCGUGUCGCUGCUGCUCAGGAACCUCAGCCGUCCCGAUUUCGGGAAUUACUCGUGCUACGCCACCCGCGCCGCGGCCCCGCAGCUGCUCUGCUCCCUGCUGCUGCAGCCCGCGGGGACAGAGGUCCCCAAGGCCGCGGAGCCGGACAUGCUGCUGGUGGUGUGUGUCCUCACGGCCGCCUUCACCGCGGUGGCCAUCGGGGUCAUGGUGUGUGCCCGCUGCCAGAGCCACUGCUGGGGGCGCGCAGCGCGGGGCCCAGCCCAGGAGCCCGCAGCCGAGGCUGUGGGGGAAGGACAAGAGGUGGCCUUGGGUGACCUCAAGAGUGCCAACCCCUGAGGCCACCCCAGCUGGACAGGUCCGCGUG